AUGACAUACAUGUGACUUACACCUGUACUGGAGAAUCUCUCAUUAUCUGUUUAGUUAAAUGAAAUUAAGCCCAGUCAAUGUUGAUUAUUUUGAUAGUCUCCUUAUUGUGUCCAUUUAUUUGGUCACUAGAUAAUGGAUUGGCUUUAACACCACCUUUAGGAUGGCUGACCUGGGAAAGAUUCAGAUGCCAAACCAACUGUAAAGAGUAUCCCAAGAAUUGUAUCGGGGAAACAUUGAUUAAGGAGAUGGCUGAUGUUAUGGUAUCUGAUGGUUACAAGGACGCUGGUUAUGAAUACAUUAUCAUUGACGAUUGUUGGCCAGCAUCAAAGAGAACAUCAGCAGGCAGAUUACAAGGAGACCCUGAAAGAUUUCCAAAUGGCAUGAAGGCUCUAGCUGACUAUAUACAUUCCAAAGGACUAAAGUUUGGUAUCUAUGAAGAUUUUGGUAAGAAGACAUGUGCUGGUUAUCCUGGCAGUGAGUUUUACCUGGAGAUGGAUUCUCAGACGAUUGCUGCUUGGGGUGUUGAUUUUGUAAAGUUUGACCAGUGUAAUGCUGACCCUCAUGACAUGAAAUAUGGUUAUCCAGUGAUGGAGUUUUUUAUGAAUAAAACAGGAAGACCAAUGCUGUUUGCUUGUGAAUGGCCUUUGAAUAACUUAGUAUCUAAAUUCAAGCCUGAUUUUGCUGCCAUCAGAAAGACUUGUAACAUGUGGAGAAAUUACAAUGAUAUCGAGGAUUCCUUUGAUAGUGUCGUUAGUAUCAUUAAUUACUGGGCCAAAGAUCCAUACAACAUGUCAUCAUAUGCUGGACCUGGGGGAUGGAAUGAUCCAGAUGAGAUCAUUGUAGGAGAUUUUGGUUUAAGCCAUGACCAAGAGAGGGUACAGAUGGGGAUGUGGUGUAUGUUUGCUGCUCCAUUACUCCUGUCAAAUGAUCUGAGGAACAUCAGGAACAGUUCUAAAGCUCUGAUAUUAAACAAGAGACUCUUAGCUAUCAACCAAGAUCCAUUAGGAAUACAAGCCAAAGCUUUUAAUCUGGGCUAUGUACAAGUAUGGACCAGACCAAUUCUCCCACUAGGAAGUAAAGCUGUAGCUGUACUGUUUGUGACUGAUCAUUAUCCUGGGAAAGGUGGCAAUUAUAUCAAAGUUACAUAUCCACUGUCGAUGUAUGGGAUAACUGAUGGAAAACAGUAUAAUAUCACAGAAGUAUUUGAUGGUUACAGCAUGGGGACACAUAAUACAUCAUCUGUACUUACAUUUAAUGUUAAUCCUACUGGUAUAUUUAUGUUUACAGCAAAACCUGUAUGAACAUGUUAUAUUGUUGUACACAUGUGUACAGUAAAACCUGUAAAACAUGUUAUAUUGUUGUACACAUGUGUACAGUAAAACCUGUAUAAACAUGUUAUAUUGUUGUACACAUGUGUACAGUAAAAACUGUAUGAACAUGUUAUAUUGUUGUACACAUGUGUACAGUAAAAACUGUAUGAACAUGUUAUAUUGAUAAGUGUGUUCACAUCUUACUCAUUUGAUAAUGGUAAUAUGUAGAAAUUACCAUACUGAAUCUCUGGGUUAUUACAAAAUUAUCACAUCCAAAAUAAAUAUCAUGGCGGAUCACUGUAAAAAUAUAUAUGCCAUUCUUUCUUCAUUUUUUUUAGAUAUUGAACAGUUUCUUUCAUUCAAUAUAAAGUGAAACCAGGACAAAUAGAAUCCAUAUGUGCUCACAUGGUACAUGUGUCACAACCUGUUGAAACCAGGACAGAUAGUCUCAAAAUAUGUUUUAAAAGUCUUUGCAUGGUAUCAAAAGAAUUCCGAAUAAAUACAUUCCUAUUAAGAUUUUGAAUGUGCUCUGUCCCAGUGUUAUGUUAUCACAUAUCAUUACAGCUUUUCAAAUCUAUCUAGUCUCUGUCCCAGUGUUAUGUUAUCACAUAUCAUUACAGCUUUUCAAAUCUAUCUAGUCUCUCUCCCAGUGUUAUGUUAUCACAUAUCAUUACAGCUUUUCAAAUCUAUCUAGUCUCUGUCCCAGUGUUAUGUUAUCACAUAUCAUUACAGCUUUUCAAAUCUAUCUAGUCUCUCUCCCAGUGUUAUGUUAUCACAUAUCAUUACAGCUUUUCAAAUCUAUCUAGCAUUAUCUAGUCAAAUGAAAUGUUGUAGACUGUCGCUUGUCUAUUUUUUUGGCACAGUUUUGUCUGAUUCUCUUCUUUUUAUGAAUUUUGAUUUUCCCUUUGGUAUCUUCCACCUUUUUUUAUUGUUGUUUGUUCUAUUCUUAAAUUUAGUGAAUUUUUUACUUCAAUAUAACUCAACAUGAACUUUUUCCAAGUGCAAUCUUGAAUUUCAGUGAAUUGUUCGCUUUUCUCUCUGGUCAAUAGCCUUAUUGUGACAUGGAGAUGAAGACAAGCAAUUAAAGUAGUUCCAUUGCUUUGGGAUUUGUCAUGUGGGAUACAGAUUUUGUGUCAUAUAAUACAACAACCAUAAACUUGUUUUUUCAAUUAUAACAACAUAUUUUAUCAUCCAGAACAUUAUAUACUGUUACAACAUUUCUGGCAAGUUCAAUUAUCCUCGUAUUAUGGGUUUUCGUGCUAUUUAGAAUGCAUUGUGACUUCACAAUUUCUAUUGAAAAAGCAUGCAUAACACGAAUUCAUAUGACGUACGAAAACAUAUGAUCUGACGAUAAUACUAGAAAUAUUUUAUUGCCUUUUAUCAUGAAUAAAGUUAAGGAUAUCAGUUGAAUCUGUCCAUUCAGAAUAUGCAUGAAAUGUAUGAAAUGUUUGCCACAAAACAUUUAGCAAUCAAUAGUCAAUCAGUUUUAUGUGUUUUUUGUGAUUUGUUGAGAUUAGUUAUUUUAUGACUUAUACGUUCAUUUGCAUAAUAUACUCAUAUGAAAUCUCACAUUGUAAUAUUAUGGUUUAUUUACUAUGAUAAAUCUCACAUUCACACAAGCUAGAAAUGGUUUUUUUUCUAGACUAUGAAUUUCAAAAAUCUAUCAUCUGUUCCAAAAGGGAAAACUGUAUAUGUUAUUUCAGAUCAACCAAAUGAAUUUCAAAAAUCUUAUCAUAUAUUCCAAAAAGGUGAACUGUAUAUGUUAUUUCAACCAAAUAGCAGUCAACAUAAAACAGCAAAAGACCAAAUCUUGCCGAAACAAAUACAAUUUAUUAUUAAAAAAAGUAUUUUUUACUGAGAUGUGAUAUGUAUGUAAUGAUUAGAAUUUAUCUCAAGCAUUGCAAAAAUUUGUAUCCAUAAAUAAAAGUAUUUCAUGUUAUUUGAAAUUCCAUAUUUAUAUUUGUUUAUAGUCAAUAUUUUUUGAAACUCUUUUUUCUUGUUUUUAUAUUAUUACACUUUAUUUAUUUUAUACUGUCAAUUUUUCUGUAAUAUUUCUAUUCACAAAAAAAUGUACUUUGAAUAAACAUAUAUAAAGUGCU